AUGUCUCGCAUACCACGGGAAAUUAUCCAAACUAAUGAUCUCCUUUCUGUAGCACGACAAAUCCAGAGUUACUGCAGUCCUACAUUCGGACUUGAAGAAUACCAAUCAGAGAUAUGCCGAAAAAAUCCCUCACACAUUCAAAUACUAAUCAAAGCCUCUAAACUGGCUCUAACCGAAUGCCAGAGAAUAUUCAAGAACGAUCGCUGGCAGUGCAACCCGCAAACUCGAGGCAAUCAAUCCCUCUUCUCCUACAUCCUCAACUACCGUAACGAGCAUUGUAAUUCCUCCUUAGCAAAUAAGGAGACCGCCUUCCUCAACGCCUUGUCGACCGCUGCCUUGCAUUACACACUGGCAGAGGACUGCAAAGAAGGGAGGCUGCCGAGGGACUGCGGGUGCUCCAUUGGGCCCCCCUCUGAGUACAUGCACGGGGAAUGGGCGUGGAAGGGGUGUGGUGACAAUGUCGAAUAUGGAGAGGAAUUUUCCCGCCUUUUUACACAGGGCGGGAAAAAAUCAGAGUACGACCUGGUUCGACGUAGAAAUUGUGGCAUUGGAAUUAAAGUCGUCAAGGAGACUACCACUGUCCACUGUGACUGUCUUGGAAAAGGCGGGAAAUGUGAAGCCAAAACGUGUUGGCAGAAAUUGCCCGCCUUUCAAGUAGUGGGAAAUCGAAUCCAGGAAUUGUACGACUCGGCAGUGCAGGUGGUGGAGGUGGGGGGAGGUCUGAGGACACAUUUCCCCACGGACGUGAUGAGGGAGGACACACUCGUCUAUGUGGAGGGUUCCCCCAACUACUGCGAGCGAUUCGAAGACUACGGAAUUGAGGGAGUCGUCGGCCGUGAGUGCAACCCAAAAAACGAAUCUCGACUGGAUCUGCCGUACUGCCACAAAUUAUGCUGUGGAAGAGGAUUUGAGAGACAGGAAAUAACCAAGGCAGAGAACUGCAAUUGCCGAUUCGUGUGGUGCUGUCGAGUGGAAUGUGACACGUGCACAACUACUAAGGUUGCUUAUUACUGUCUGUGA